UAUCCGAUCUUUCUCGACUCUAAUAGAAUAGGCAUAUAAUUGGAUUUGUAUAGAUAAAUAUUUUUAUAAAUUUAGACGGUUAAUAUUUAUAAAAGGUAUUUAUAAAUUUAAAUCUAUAAAGAAAGGAACAAGAAGAAACAUUAUUCAGUCUUUCAUCCUUCAACCCAAAUUUUUAAUCUUCAAAUGGAAUUUAAAUGCAAGCCUAACGAGCAUAUAGUUAUGUUACCUUUCAUGGCUCAGGGUCAUCUCAUACCUUUUCUUGCAUUAGCAAGACAAAUCCACCGAAGAACUGGUUUCAGAGUCACCAUUGCUAAUACUCCUCUCAACAUUCAAUACCUCCGUUCAACCAUGAACUCACCUGAACCUAAUGGCAUCAAUCUUUUUGAGCUUCCAUUCUCUGCUCCCGCAGAAUAUGGCUUAUCACCCAACACUGAAAACUCUGAAAACCUACCCUUAGAUCUUAUUGGGAAGUUUGUAAUUGCAUCGACAAGUCUCAAGAAUCCAGUUCACAAUCUACUAUCUGAUAUUGUAGCUAGAGAAGGCAAGUCUCCACUUUGUAUAAUAUCAGAUGUUUUCUUUGGAUGGGCUAAUGAUGUUGCCAAGAGUUUCGGUACUGUUAGUAUUACUUUUACUACUUGUGGUGCAUAUGGCACCUUGGCUUAUAUGUCUUUGUGGCUGAAUCUUCCUCACCGCCAGCAUGCUGGUUCCGAUGAGUUUCAUGUGCCUGGUUUUCCUCAUGGAUACCGCUUUCACAUAUCUCAGUUGCAUAAAUUUAUAAGAGAUUCUGAUGGUACUGAUGCAUACUCAAAGUUUAUGCAGAAACAGAUUUCACUUUCUUUGCAGUCUUUUGGUUUUUUGUGCAAUACAGUUGAGGAAAUGGAGCCUUUAGGAUUGGAGUCAUUUAGGAAAUAUAUUAAGCUUCCUGUGUGGACAAUUGGUCCUCUUCUUCCACCUGAUGUGCUAAAUGGUUCAUCUCUUUUAAGUUCAGGUAAUAUUAGUUCUCAGCGUGCAGGUAAGCAACUUGGGAUUUCAACAGAGAAAUGCUUGCAAUUUCUUGAUUUGCAUAAUCCAUCUUCUUUACUGUAUAUUUCAUUUGGUUCGCAAAAUAGUACAAGUCCCACUCAGAUGAUGGAAUUGGCUAUUGGGUUGGAAGAAAGUGCAAAGCCUUUCAUCUGGGUGAUAAGGCCACCAGUUGGUUCUGAUAGCAGAGGUGAAUUCAAAGCAGAAUGGUUACCAGAUGGAUUCGAAGAUCGAAUCAGGAGUAAUAAACAAGGAUUGCUGGUGAGAAAUUGGGCACCCCAGCUAGAGAUAUUGUCACACAAAUCGACUAGAGCAUUUUUAAGUCAUUGUGGUUGGAAUUCAGUGAUGGAAAGCUUAAGCCAAGGUGUGCCUAUUAUAGGUUGGCCUUUAGCAGCAGAACAAGCUUAUAAUUCUAAAAUGCUGGUGGAGGAAAUGGGUGUUAGUGUGGAAUUGACAAGAGGAUUGCAAACCAGUAUAGAAUGGAAAGAGGUGAAGAAGGUGAUAGAGUUGGUGAUGGACAUGAAAGGCAAAGGAAAUGAUAUGAGGAAAAAGGCUACAGAGAUUGGAAAGUUGAUCAGGGAAUCAGUGAAAGAUAAAGGAGAAGAAAAGGGGUCUUCUGUUGAAGCAUUGGAUGAUUUUGCAAGAACCCUCCUGUCCAGAAGACAAGGUUGUCACUAAAAGGAAGUUGGGCUACUCUGUUUUGGUAUCAAGUUCCCUUUUUUUUUUCCCCUUUAAUUAGAUUAUGUGUUUAUCAUUGCAUAGCCUAGAAUGCACCAAAAUGGCUGGCUUUUAAGAGUUCGAAAAUCUAUGGUUUUUAUAGAUUAUGAUUUUAGCAAGAUUCUUGCUAUUAUUUGGUAAGGCAAUUUAAGAGUUAAACAAGUAGGGAAGCCAACUUUCCUUCAAAACUAAUUGGGCUUCCAUUGAACAAAGUUGUGACAAAUUGUCUUGACUUUUAUUUCCUCUUACUCGAUCAGUAAAAAGUCUUUCUUUAUU